AUAGGGAUUAAAUGAAAAGACAGACCGACCGGUAAAGAGCAAUAUCGUCGGUAAACGGCAGCAUCGUAUAGAGUUGUGAAAAUGAAUAAACCCCCGCACCCCAAAACUGAAAACUCAGACGAAAAACUGAAUUCGAAUGGAAGUAGAAUGGAAGAGCAGGAUAGAUUGGAGCAAGAAGAAGCACUUAUUGCUCUCAUUGAGCAUCGCACAAAGGAAGUCGAACAUCUUCGACAACGCAUCGCCUAUUACAAAUCUCAGUUCUCUGAAGCAGAGAAUAGGCUAGAGGAGACACAGGUGAAAUUAGCUCGUCUUCGGGGCCGAGAGAACAUAGCAGCAUCCACAAGCUCCCGUGGGAACAGGGCAAGUCCAUUGACAUCCAAAAGAAGAUCCACAAGUCCCAUUCAGAAAAAUGAGGGCUCUUUUCAUAGCUUGUCUGAAUCUAAACCACAUCGUAGCCAAGACAGCAAUCCACCGCUUAGGAAAUCUCCAGCACCAGAUCGGAAAAUGGCAAGCCCUUUCCAGAAAAAUGAAUAUAGUUCUCGCUGUGUGCCCCAGGGGAAACCACCACUUGUCAUUCCCGAUGUGAAACCAAGAAUAUCUCAACCUUUGAAGAGGAUAGAAUCUGUUCCUAAAAUCUCGAGUGCUUCUGAUUCUCCGGCUGGUGGAUCAGGGCUAGCUCAUGUUACUAGUAUGACAAAGUUAAAAGCAGAUAAAAGUCACAGAAUGACGGAGAAGGAAGCUUCGGAACUUCAGCCUAAAGGAACAAAAAGGAAGUUUGAGCAGAAAGAACAUAGAGAGCUGAUACAAUUGAUAGGUAGUUAUUCUUCAGCAAGCAUGAUACGCUGCCAGACGUCCUGUGUCAUAUCUAGUCAACACAAGAGAAAGCUGAGAACAAUUAUUUCGUGUCCUACAAAUGAUCAACUUUUUGCAAGCAGUGCGUUGGACGGGCUUGUCAACUUAUGGCAGGUACAUGGCAGAGGGUCAACUGCUAAUCUUCUUAGUUCCACUGAUUGCCUUUCAUCCAAGCAUAGGAGAUGGCCAGAAGAUGUAGCCUGGCAUCCGGAAGGCGAUAGUCUCUUUUCAGUUUAUAGUGCUGAUGGCGGGGAUUCUCAAAUUUCAAUCUUGAAUCUUAACAAAGGAAAAGAGAAGAUGCGUGUAAGUUUCUUGGAGGAGAAGCCUCAUGUCAAAGGGAUAAUCAACAAUAUAAUCUUCAUGCCGUGGGAAGAUAUCCAGUUUGUUACUGGUGGUAGUGAUCAUGCAGUAAUUAUGUGGAGCAAUAAAGAUGGAGAAAAUUCUUGGAAAGCUAAAGCAUUGCAUAGAAGUUUGCAUUCUUCUGCAGUGAUGGGAGUUGCCGGUUUGCAGCAUAAGAAAGUUGUGAUGUCUGCUGGAGCUGACAGACGGAUCAUUGGAUUUGAUGUGCUAGCUGACAGAGCAGGAUACAAGCAUCAAAUAGAAAGUAAAUGCAUGAGUGUCCUACCUAAUCCGUGCGACUUCAAUCUCUUUAUGGUGCAGACAGGGACUAUAGAGAGGCAGCUUCGCUUAUUUGAUUUUAGAUUGAGGCAGACAGAGGUUCAUGCCUUUGGGUGGAAGCAAGAAAGUAGUGACUCACAGUCCGCUCUCAUAAACCAGGCUUGGUCACCUGAUGGCUUGUACAUAACAUCUGGGUCGGUUGAUCCAGUCAUCCACGUUUUUGACAUAAGGUACAAUUCACACAAACCUUCUCAGUCCAUUAAAGCCCAUCAAAAGCGAGUCUUCAAAGCUAUUUGGCAUCAUGCUGUCCCGCUCCUCAUUUCUAUAUCUUCUGAUUUGAACAUUGGUUUGCACAAAAUCAUUUGAGGUGCUGAGAGAGGCAUUACUAUUCCCAGUCAUUUUCCCCAUAUGUCUGGGGAAUUUUGUCACGUAGAAGCAUGUCUCGAUGCCUUUCACCAAAAGAAACUCAUGGGCCUGGUGUGUGGUACUGAAAGACGGUUAUGAGAGGAAAUCAGAAAGGGAAAUGCUGUUGAGUAUCAUCUUUGCGCUAGGCAUAAUUCUGCAUCCAGGCAGCUGAAACAGUUUUUGCGUUUGAUUGGAUCUAGAGGCUAUUGAAGCCUCUUACAGAAUCCACUCCAUCUAAAGGUUAUCUAUGAUGAAAGCUUGGAGACAUUCAACUCUGUUAGCACAUAGGAUUGUCUUUGAUAGACUCCAAAGUUUUGAACUUCAUUAUAUAUAGGGCAACAUUUUCUGUGUCAAAGUGUGAGAUGUUAUAGCAAUGGAUUAGAGACAUUGGUUUUCACAUAACUACCAUUCUGUCUUUGGUCUACGCAUGACAUUCCUAUUUUAAGACUCCAUUUUCGCAUGCAUAAACUGUUCUUUCUUCAGUUGCUUCUGAAUCGAGGGGGGUUUUGGUAGU